UUGCCGCGUUUUUUCUAAAUUCGAAGUGAUAAAUUAUUUCUACCACGACGCCUACUGCAAAAAUCAUGAAAUGGAAAAAAGGACCGACGGAGUUUUUAUCUGAAAAAACGUUUUUGGUGAUUAAGGAUGACUUGAGUAUGCUGGAAAAAAAGGGAAAGCAUCGAGGGAAAUCGAAGACGCCGGACACGAGCACCUGGCCGCCGAAGAUGAAACAUGGUUCGUCUUUAUACGACGAACUGGAAAGACCGAAAACCGCGAAUCUGGAGAAACCGAGCGUUCUGGAUCCGGAUCUAGUCGACAAGCUAGACAUGUCUCUCCUCAGCAAGGAACUCCUGGUCGACUCGAUGACUCGUUUUCGCCAUUCGAAGGCAAUUAGUGGGGGAACAUCGGCGUUUCCUUCGUCGUCAAGGUACCGGCAAAGCGUUACCGCAGCUGAACGGCAACGACAACAACAAUGUAGCCCCUCAACUAAUGGCGCGGCAACGUGGUGCAACGGCCCCUUCUCCGUACGUUACAAGCGACGCAGUUUCGAGCAAAUUCUCGACAUGAGGCUCGCCGGUCACGUCGACGCGUCCACGGAAUCGCCUAGAAUGCAGAAGCACGAACGUAUUGUCAAUCAAGAUGUGGCGAAGAAGAGUUUGGAUAAUAGGAAACUGGAUGACAAUAAUAAUAGAAAUGGAACAACAACCGGUCACAAGGUUCACUCUUUGUCCACGCUGAAGAAGAAAAGUUCACGACCCAUCGUACAAAAUGAUCUUGAGGUCUUCACAGCCUCCUCGACUAGAAGUGCACCUGAACCAUGCAAGAGUUGCGGAAAGUCAGAUCAACCGGAACGCUUUCAUAGUCAUCCAAAGGGCGGUCAACAAAAGGCGAAAGAUAGCCCUACGAAUACGAAGACAAAGACAGCGAUACCGAAAACCGUGCAAAAACCUGUAGCCCUGAACUUUCGUAGCGAUAAGAGCAAGAACAAAAGCGAGGAAACAGUCGGUCAGGACAGAAAGUCGAAGUCUGCCAAUCUUCAGGAACGAUCGAGUCCGUCUAAUAGGCCUUCUUCUGCACCAGCUAAGAAGGGACCAAGAACCAUCACUUGUUACGUAUGCAGCCGCGAAUUUGGUACCGCAAGCUUUCCUAUUCACGAGCCUAGGUGCAUGCAAAAGUGGGAACGAGAGAAUAACUCUUUGCCAGUGAACCAACGACGUCCAGCACCUCAGAGGCCCGACAUAGCAAUCAAUCAUUCAGAAUGGAACGCAGCGGCAUGGGAAGAAAGCCAGGCGCAAUUGGUCCCUUGCUCGAAGUGCGGAAGAACAUUCUUACCAGAGCGACUAACGGUGCAUGAGAAGAGUUGUAAAGCUUCGGCAAAGACUCCUCCCGAGGCAGAGAAACUAGAAAAUACUCCUGUAGAAAAAUGUACGAGCACAUCGCGAACAGGACCGCCAAUGGUUGCUUGCCAAAUUUGCGGCAGAAAUUUCGGCACGAAAAGUAUAAAAAUUCACGAGCCUCAGUGUAUGAAACGGAAGCAGGCUGAGACUGAUAAACAGCAGUCGACAAACUCUCGAAGGAAAGUUUGGAAUAAUCAACAGAAGUCAGAGGUAGCUGUCGUACAAGAAACGGGGGACAACGUGCAGAAGAAAGUAGUCACAUGCUACAUAUGUGGCAGAGAUUUCGGAUCUACAAGCAUAGCCAUUCACGAGCCGCAAUGCUUGAAAAAGUGGCACGUGGAAAACGACAAAUUGUCACCGGAUCAGAGGAGGAAAGAGCCGGAGAAACCUGAAAUUAUCUACACCCGUGAUCUAAAUACGGGAAAUAUGGUAAUUGAUAUUACUGCAACGGCUGAGGCUAGUUGGAAAUCACACUUGAAUCAACUGGUCCCGUGCAAACGAUGCGGAAGGACUUUUAAUCCUGACCGCGUAGACGUCCACGAAAGGAGCUGUAAGGGAAGUCGUUAA